AUGAAAUUCUUGGUUGUCCUGCCAGCGUUGUUGGCUUUGUGCUAUGGAUCGUCCCUCGAAAUUGUUUCUUCCCCGGCUAAUCUCAAGCUACCGGAAACGGCUACAGAUUUGAAGACAACUCAAAUUUCUUCUUUGAACGAGUAUAUUCUUGGUCUUUCUGCAAAGCCAGUGGAAGGUUUCAAUGUUGAGGUUGACAUAUUUUCUCGUCCCCGGGCUCUUGCCGUCAUCAACGUUGAAGGAAUCGAAAGAUUGAACGUUGGAAAAUCCUACGCCGUUGAAGAGAACGGAAUCGAAACGGUCGGAAUUGAGCAGGAGCUUGCAAUUGUUUUUGGACAAGAUCGUCAAUCAGUUCAACUUUCUGCUGGAGGAAUUACCGGAUCGCAGCUUGCAUUGAGAGCUCAACAGCAAAAUGUUGAUACCGGCGCGAUCAAGACUAAACAUUCUCAACUUCGUAAGGAACUUGAGGCCGUUUAUCAAUUGGCUGCUGCUAUCAAAGCUGAGGGACCUAGAAUCGGAAACACAGCGGACGUUUUUCGAGUGACAAUCUCUGAACUUGCGGGAUUGAGCGAUGAGGCUGAACGUGCAAUUGCUAUCGAAGAUAUCAAGAACGCUAUCAAUUCAUUGAACACCGCAAUUGCCAACGCCUAUGGAGGACAAGCUAUUGUUGAAGUGAUUGUCGUUGAAGGAGCCAUCAAGAAGGUCGAUGACUCCUCGAUCCCAGCUCACCACAUCACCAAGAGAGACGCCAACACUGAGGCAAAGAACAUCUUCGAAGUAAUGCGCAUAAGAUACCAAAUCACCUAUCCGGUUGCUCCUGAUUAUCCAGCAAUUUUCGCCAUAUUCGUCGGACUAGUUGUUGUUCUUGUCUUGGCACUCAUUUACAUUGUUGUUGGAAUGAUGUCGAUGGACCCAGGAAAGGAUUCGAUCAUCUAUAGAAUGACAACAACCAGAAUGAAGAAGGAUUAA